AUGCUUAUGUACCCACGUAAGGGUCUCAUCACCGAUCCAUACAACUCAGAGGACAUCAUCAUACAAGACGACCAGUAUCCACCUGGCUUUUACUCCGAGAACACCUACAACUGCGCUCAGGACCGUCUGCAAUCGCCUUUCCAGUGUCACCCAAGUGUACAGCUCUCUCCGCCAUCUUCCGCGCCUUCAUCGCCCUCCUUCUCCUCGCCUACCUUCUCCAUCUCCUACCCGCAAACGUCUGACUCGCAGUCUUUCGGGGCCCCCUCGAUGACCCCCGCCUCUUCCUACAACCCGUCGUACGACAUCCAGGGUUCCACUUCACCUUCUCACUACUUGCCUCAAUACCCACAGCAAUAUUAUACCCCAAUGUUGGCGCAACAGCCUCUUCCAAAUCAGGCCUGGGACGGCAAUUUGCAGUUGCUGAGCCCCGCGCGCAUUCCUUAUUCGGGUGUGCAAAAGAGAUCCUCACCCUCGGCGACAUCAAACUCGCUUCCCUCCGCUGUGCAGGCUCAAUACCAUCGCCGCUCCAACAGCGCCAACAAGCCAUUGCCAACACCGGUGCAAACUCCUUUGCAGAACUCUUUCCUUGCGACUCCCUUCCAGAGCUUCGACCCCUCAUCACAGGAUGGUCACAACGCCGAGGCCGAAACAGCUAUGAGACGGGCGAUCAUGGACCAACAGAAGCAGUCCCCCCGCAGCAAUUUCACAGCGACUACUCUCUGGCCCCCUCACCUCGAUGAGCUCGAUGACGCAUCGAAGUCCAUGAACAAUGGUGAGAUUCGAAAUCUUGAGAUUGACCAGUGGAUGGCACAAUACUUACAUUUCGAUUCAGAAUAUAACAAUGGCAUGCCAAUGGGAAUUCCCAAGCUGGAUAGAACCAUCUCCGACAUCUACCAAGAUGAACUCUACAACCCCUCCAUCAUGGCUGCCCCCCAGGUGUCCAAGCCAAUGACGCAGAGCCACCUCAACCCGCGCAACUUCAUUGCCGACCGCCUGAACGCUGCCAACCAGGGACAUAUGUCUGCUCGAUCUCAAUCGCCUGCCAACAGACGGGACCGUUCGCCUUUCCGUCCCUCUUCUCCAUUUGCCGGGGAUAUGGGCAAUGAGGCUCUCCAGCAGCCCCAGAUGGCUACCAGCGUCCCCAUGGGUCAGAAUGGAAUGAGCAUGAACAUGAACAUGAAUCAGUCCAACACUGGGGACAUCAAAACCAUGUCUCCCAAGGAUGCAGUUUUGGAUUUCCAGGAUGGAGAGGACUCCAUGCCACCUCUGUUCCCCUCCUCCCAAGCUGACUUCAACUUGGGCGAUGCUCUCAGCUUGCGGCGCGAUAGUGGUCCAAUGCGACCGAUGGAAGCAUUCCCUCAGUACACUGCGCCUCCUAUGUCUCAACCCCAGUUCGCAUUUUCUCAACAACAGACGCGCCCUCAGAGCAAUCUGUUGCAACAGGCCCCCGAGUUCCCAUCGCUUCCUGCUGUGGAAUCGACCGAGACACCGCAGAGUCAAGUCAACAUACCUAUCACAGAGGGCAUCUCCCGACCUAGCAACACCACCUCGGAUGCGGGUACCUACACUUGUACCUACCACAACUGCACCCACCGCUUCGAUUCCCCCUCUAGAUUGCAGCGACACAAGCGCGAGGCCCACCGGCAAACAACACCGGGCGGGCACUUGAUUAGCCGCGAUACUUCUCUACGCAACUCCCAGGCUGGCCCACACAAGUGUGAACGCAUCAACCCGUCUACAGGAAAAGCAUGCAAUUCUAUCUUCUCUCGACCGUACGAUCUUACUCGACACGAGCACACCAUUCACACUGCCGGCAAGCAGAAAGUGCGCUGUCACAUCUGUAACGAGGACAAGACCUUCAGCCGAAACGAUGCUCUAACAAGGCAUAUGCGAGUGGUACAUCCCGAAAUUGACUGGCCAGGCAAGCAACGCAGGAGGAGAGACUGA